AUGGAGACUAAAAUAGCUUCUUUGACCCACUGGUUAAACGAUAACGGUCAAUUCCAGCUAUCAGAAAACAUAUGUGUUAACGAAAAUGAAAUUUCGGGCAGAGGUGUUACGCUCUCAAGUGGAAUCAUAAGGCAAAACCAGCCUAUAGUAUCUGUACCAAGUGCUUGUCAAUUGAACUUCCAUACAGUACUAUACCAUAUUUCCAAAUUCAAUAGCAGGAUAAGAAUUCCUAAUGUCACUGAAAAGGCCGAAACGGAUAAAAUUAAAGAGAAUGAGUUAGAUCCCAGAUACCGCGCUUAUGGGAUAUUGAAUCAGGAUUUUUUGUUGAACUUAAGCUCAUUCCAAUUGCUCGAACUUUAUAUCUUAGGAGAAUGGAUUUUACUACCGCUAUGGUCUGGAAACCAAAUUAAGUCUUUUUGGGAACCCUAUUUUGCAGUAUGGCCAUCUCAAGAUGAACUAAAAUCAUUUCCAGCAGUUUGGAAAUGUUCAAAAAGAUCAGAUUACAAAGAUUUGCUAGAUCUUCUACCCACAGCUUCCAAAAACAACAUGUUGAGAAUCAGCAAUUUGGUGGAAAACGAUUGGCAAAAAAUAUCGCCAAUAUUAAACGCCUGGAAUGAUCUAUUCCAGUCUCCUCUACCACUAGAAGAUCAAUUUGAAAAAUUUUUACACAUUUAUUGCAUUAUAAACUCAAGGUGUCUAUACACUGAAGUUCCACUGAAAAAGGAUGAUAUUUUGAGUAAAUUCACGAUGGUUCCCUUUGUUGAUUUUCUAAACCAUACACAGGAUGUCGACCUGCACUGUUUUCCCAAGAUGGAAUCACUAAAUAGAAGCUCUCAUGGAUUAGGACCAUUUAGUAUUUAUUGUGGAAACCAUACUUACCAAACUGUGGGGGAAGAAGUUUUAUUGAAUUAUGGAGCUCAUUCUAACGAUUUUUUGAUCAAUGAAUAUGGGUUUGUCAUACCGAACAACAAAUGGAACUAUAUCGACAUUACUCCUGAAGUUAUUAAUAUGGUUAAGGACUCUACAAUACAAAAGUUUUUGGAAAAUAAUGGGUAUUGGGGGGAUUACACCGUAAGCGCCGAAGAUGCAAGCUACAGAGUCAUAGUGGCACUAAGUUUAAUAGUCACUGGAGACUUUCGAAGAGUGGAAAAACUCCUAAUGGGUUACAUAUCUGAAGAUUUUUUCUUACCAAAGAUUAAACCCAUGCUUUAUAAAAUACUUGCACAACUAAAAGAUAGAUCGAUGGCAUGCAUCCGUACUCUUGAAAAGAAUGCAAAUCCAGAUUUCUGUCGCCAAAAUCUCGUCAUUAUCCACCAAGAUUAUAUUGAAAUUAUAGAAAAGAAUCUAUCAAAAAUAUGUACAUGA